GUCUCAGCUACCGGCUUGUAUCAUUUUGACAAGACUAACUGUCAUCUUGUUUUUUUUGGCAACUGUUUUGUUAUCAUUAAUCAAAUUAACUCUUUUUUUUUCGUAAAUUUUGCAUCUGUUUCUUCGGAAUUAUAUAAAAUCUGAUUCAGUGCAGUUGAGCAAUGAAAGCAAUUAACUUUAAAGGCCUCUGAAAGGUUAAUAAUCCAGUACACAUGUCUUGCGAUGUAACAUCUUCAUCUUCUGGUCAAGAUGAAACUGUUGGCCAGUCUAAAGAUUGGUGGGGAAAUAAAGUUUUAAUCAUCAUAACUGGAGCCAGUCGAGGGCUUGGUAAAGCAAUUGCUAUAAAAUUAGCAACUAGAUUUCACCAAUUUCAUAAUAUAUCAUCUGACCAACAUGCACCAUAUUCAGCCAGGAUCUCGUUUCUUUUAUUGUCACGGGUUACCACAGGCCUUGGUCAAGUGACUACUGAAAUACAGAAUACAGGCCCUGCUAUUCUCAAGGUUCAGCCGGUUUCUGCUCAGUUGAAUGAAUCUGCUAGUAUGACUGCCUUUGACACUGUUCUAGAACAUGAGGAAUCGGAUUAUGAUCAAGUUAUUCUUGUUCACAAUGCUGGCACAUUGAACAAUCCAGACCAUUUAGUUGAUUCUUAUCGUCCAUCUAAUAUUUCAGAGCUUGAUGAGUAUAUGAGAGUCAACCUAUCUUCUGCCAUUUUAUUCACUGCAUCAGUUUUAAGAUUGUAUAGAAACUGCCCCAAACGUAACAUCAUUAAUAUAACCUCAUUGGCAGCAAUUCAACCCAUGAAAGGAUUAGCACUUUAUGGUUCAAUAAAAGCAGCUCGUGACCAAUACUUUAGAUCAGUGGCUCUUGAAGAUCCUACUACUAGAGUUUUAAACUAUGCUCCUGGUCCUUUGAAAACUGACAUGGCAAAUACUUUGGCUAAUCAAGGAUAUUUGACUGAUUUUUUUCGAAAUCAAGAUAACCUCCUUGAUCCAGAAGAUAGUGCUGAAAGGAUGAUUCAAAUUCUCGAGAAUGAUAAUUACGAUAAUGGAGCUCAUAUUGACUAUUUUGAUCCCUUACCAUGACAAAGUUGUGAAUUGGUUUCGUUAAUUUCUUUAUUUUCACUUUACUUGGUGUUUAUUAUUAAAAAUUGACACGAUUCAAAGAA